AUGUAUGCCGACAUAUUUAGUUCUUCUGAUAGUGAAGAUGAAGAGCCAGUUAGGCGCAUUGAACCGCGUCCAGUACACUUUUCAAGCGAUGAGGAAGAUACUAAACGUAUCGUCAAAAGUGGUCGCAAUAAACGGUGCGAAGAAAUGCAAAGUAUAAUAAAGAACUUGAACAAUCAUAAAAAAAUUAAAGACAUGUCAAAUAUAAUCAUAGAUUUCCAGAAUUUGGUAAAAGUUUAUGAGAAAUCUGUUCAAAUGAAUGAUUUUGAGGGUGUACCACCAUUUUACGUGCGGUGUAUAGCAGAGCUUGAAGAUUUCGUGAAUGAUUCAUGGGAGAAGAAAAAGGACAUGAACAAAGGUGCUGUUAAAUCAUUAGCUACGUUAAAACAACGUGUCAAAAAGUACACAAGGCUUUUUGAAGCAAAUAUACGAGAUUUUCGAGAGAAUUCAGAAAAUUAUUUAGAGGAAGAGCCUGGUGUUUCUGAUACUGAUGCUAAUGAGCGAGAAGCAGAACCUUCACCAGCCAAGGCUGCCGCAACUUUACCAGCUGCUGCUGCAAAGAAAUCUGUACGAAAGUCAAUUGGAUCUGAUUCGGAGGAUGAAGAUGAUGACGACUCAGAUGACAGUGACAGUGACGAUUUUUCAGAUGAUGACAGUUCAAGUACUAGCAGUAUCGAUAUCAACUUAGAACGUUGUAAGGAUCCUUCAGUUUACUUUUUAAAGGAUACUUCGGAUGACAAAAAGGAUAAGGCUAAAGUUAAGAAACUUGCAAAAGACAGACCAAGUAAGAAACAGCUACGCGCUGCUGCUGAAAUGGAAGAUGGAACUUGGACAACAAUUGAUUCCUAUGGUCGAGCAGAGGUUCAAAUUCAAGCUUUCGAAAAAGGUCAAGAGAUUAAUUUUGAGGUCGUUGUAAGGAGGAUGGAAGAGAUUUUAGCUAGCCGGGGUAAAAAAGGCACAAGUACCAGUGAUCAAAUUGUAUUGCUUAUGCAAGUUGAAGAAAAAAUAAAGGAAUACAACUUGUCGCGUGGAUUACUUGCCAAGUUAUUAUUCGCUUUUAUUAGUAUCCUGUUUGAUUACGACAAGAAGCAUGAUUGUAUGAGCGCUAGUGCAUUUGAUCGUACAAUCAAUGCCUUUGAUCGAUUAUUCGAUCUGUUAAAUGAAGUAAAUGUGGAAUUAAUUCCGGUCGAUUCUAGUGAUGAUGAAUCAUAUGAGGCUGAACCAUAUCGUAUUCGGGCAUCUCUAUUGACUGUGGUUGGUCUUCUGGAUGUUGAGUGUUUCAAAGUUCUACAAAAUGCCAAUGGUCAUGAAUCUGAAUAUGUUGAUCGACUUCGAGAUGAACGCAGAGUUUGCGGUGUAAUAGAUCGUUUGUGUGCAUACUUGGAAAAGAAAGAAUUUCCAUCGGAUGCUUUAUGUGUUGCUUAUCUUCAUAAACUUGAACACAUGUACUAUAAGUUCGACUUUGAAUGGGGUCGUAAAGUAGAAGCUUCAAGUAUGGAAGAGGUUGGAUUGCAUCCAAAUACCUUAGUUGUUCAAAAACUCAGCGAAUACAUAUACACACAUGAUCGAACUGACCGCUUGCGUACUAGAGCAAUCCUCUGUCAUAUUUAUCAUUUAGCUCUGUUCAAUCAAUGGUUUAAAGCGCGUGAUUUAAUGUUGAUGUCCAACCUACAAAUGUCAAUAGAACAUGCGGAUCAAUCAACUAUGAUUCUGUAUAAUCGUGCAAUGGUCCAACUUGGUCUAUGCGCUUUCCGUCAAUCGCAUAUUCGUGAUGCUCACAAUGCUUUAGCCGAUAUGAUUGGAUCAAAUCGUAUUCGUGAACUACUCGCUCAAGGACUUCAUACACAAUCAAGAUAUGAAAAAACUACAGAAGAAGAGAAACGUGAACAAGCCCUACAGAUGCCGUAUCAUAUGUACAUAAAUAUUGAUCUGAUAGAAUGUGUCUAUCUAGUGUCUGCAAUGCUUUUGGAGAUUCCAAAUUUAGCGGCUCAUGAAACAGAUUUGCGUUGGCGGCCUAUUAGUAAACCAUUCCACCUUGCCUUACGUGUUCAUGAUCGUGCUGCUCUAGUUGGACCACCUGAAACACCAAGAGAUCAUGUGUUAGCUGCUGCUAAGGCUAUGCGUUAUGGAAAUUGGAAAGCGUGUACCAAUUUUAUCAUUAAUCCAAAAAUGGAUGCUAAGAUUUGGGAUUUAUUGUUCGAAUCGGGUCGGGUGAAAAAGAAUCUUGAAGUUAAGAUUAAAGAAGAGUCUUUACGAAGUUUCUUAUUCACCUACAGUGCAAUACACGAUUCAAUGAGUUUAGACCGGUUAUCAAAUUAUUUUGAAUUACCAAAAGCUACAACCUAUUCAAUUAUUUGUAAAAUGAUAAUUAAUCAAGAAUUAGCUGCAUCUUUAGAAGUUCCCAGCGAUGCGUUAAUAAUGCAUAAGACAGAACGUUCACGACUUCAAGCUCUUGCGCUACAGCUAAGCGAUAAAGUCAAUAGUAUAGUAGAAAUGAAUGACAAAUUGGUUGAAAGUCGCAGUGGUGGAUUAUCCGGGUUGAAAGGUUCUCAAUCAUAUCAAGGAACACGUCGUACGGGUAUCCGCUAUGCAAUGACAAAAUUCAACUGA